CGGAGCGCAAGGACAGCUGGUUGGCGGUGGGGGGGCUUGAAUUAUAAAGCGAAUCAGAAAAAUAAGGGAAAAAAAACUAAAAAACUGCAAAUAUCGAGAAAAAGAAGGGAUUCGGAAAAGGAGUUUCAAUUCUGCAAAAAAUAAAGCAUCAGAGGUAGGACAAUAAUCAAGUAGGUGAAUAUAAGGGCAGAGAAGAGGCAAUAGCAGAGGAGGCUGCUGCGAGAAGAAAAAAGCAACAAAAGAAAAUUGAACUUUCCUGGACGUGAGGACUUCUGGACAUCAGCUAACUGCGGUAGGUCAGAUAGAUGGUUUGUCCACAGCGCUGCCCGGAUCAUGAACGCACAGCUGUCGAUGGAGAAUAUUGGCGACCUGCACGGAGUGAGCCAUGAGUCCGUGGCUGGUCACGGGGAGCUGCUGAGUGGCCACAGUCCGCAUUCCCGUCCGAGCCCCCGGGGUCUGAGCCACCGCGCUAUGGGCAUGGCGACCCUGCUGGACAGCGGAGACUAUCACCCCAGCCACCCCGGACACCUGCAUCCAGCCAUCAGCAUGUGCGAAGCCCCCCCUGGCAUGAGUGCGAGCAGCACUUACACCACCCUAACCCCCCUGCAGCCCUUACCCCCCAUCUCCACCGUGUCCGACAAGUUUCCUCCCCAUCAUCACCACCACCAUCCCCAUCAUCCUCACCCUCAUCCUCACCAGAGGAUCCCCGGAAACGUCAGCGGCAGCUUCACGUUGAUGCGAGAGGACCGGAGUCUGGCGCCUAUGAACAGUCUGUAUCCCGCAUAUCAUCACAAGGAUCCCUGUAUGGGCCAAAGCCUGUCCCCGUUAUCCGGUUCCGGUCUGGCCAGCAUACACACGUCCCAGGCCGGCAUCCCUCCCUACGCUCAUCCCGGUGCCGCCAUGCCUGGUGAGAAGAUGCUCACCCCCAGCGGGUUUGAGGCUCACCACCCGGCCAUGCUCGGCAGACACACGGAGCAGCACAUGAGCUCCUCAGCGGGCAUGGUACAAAUCAACGGCCUCCACCACCACCCGCACGCCCACCUUGGGGCGCAGGGGCACGGCCAGGGGCUGGGGAACAGCCGGGAGCAGGCCUCCGGGCCCGGGCAGCAAGGGGGCGGCGGUGGAGGGGGUGGUAUUUCUGGGGGACAGAUGGAGGAGGUGAAUACCAAAGAGGUGGCGCAGAGGAUCACCACGGAGCUGAAGCGCUACAGCAUCCCUCAGGCCAUCUUUGCCCAGCGGGUCCUGUGCAGGUCCCAGGGGACCCUGUCCGACCUGCUGAGAAACCCCAAACCCUGGUCCAAGCUCAAGUCCGGUAGAGAGACCUUCCGCCGCAUGUGGAAAUGGCUGCAGGAGCCCGAGUUCCAACGCAUGAGUGCGCUCAGGCUCGCAGGUGAGCGAAGCCUCGCAUGUAAGCGUAAGGAACAGGACCACGGCAGAGGCGAGCGAGGGAACGUGACCAAGAAGCCCCGGCUGGUGUUCACAGAUGUGCAGCGGCGGACGCUCCACGCCAUCUUCAAGGAGAACAAGCGUCCAUCCAAAGAGCUGCAGCUCACCAUCGCCCAGCAGCUGGGCCUGGAGCUCGCCACAGUCAGCAACUUCUUUAUGAACGCACGCCGCCGGAGCCUAGAUAAGUGGGUGGACGACGGCUCCGGUCACUCAGCCAACUCUGGCCCUAACACCUGCACCAAAGCCUGAAGACGGACUGAUUUGACCAACUCAUGGACUGACUCAACCUCGGUGGAAAAGCUUUAAAACUUAAGAGAAACAAAGAGAAACUUAAAAGACGUUGAAGCAACGUUUUGCCCUUAAACCUGUACUAUAUUGAUAUUUAUAGUAUCCAAAGAUGAAAAAACAAACCAAAGACUUCUUGUUUGACCUGCUUUGAAAUGUUUGUUUCAGCAACACAUUUAUGUGUAACAUACUGCAAAAAGACUAUAAUUUUACCCCCCCUCUCACACACACUCACUGUCACUGGUCUCUAGCUUUACUACACCCCUCCUCACCUCCCCAACCAGUAUCAAUCUAUCAUUCACCAUCCUUAUCUUUAAUCUGAUUGGUUGGUUUUAAUGAUAGGUCCCUAAAUGGAGGUUUAAUCAGCCUAUUGGCAGUCUGACCUGCAGCUGUCCACACCCCUGAAGAACAGCCAGAAUGUGGAGCUCCGGUGGGAUUGGCCAAUCAAUUUUAAAGAAAAAAAAUCCUACAGGAGCAACUGGAUUGUUGUGCAACCUUGUUUGGAUCGGUGGCAGUGGACUGUCUGUCUAUCUGUCUGUCUGUCCAGCUGUCUGUCUUUCUAUCAAGCAUUCCAGACAGACAGGGGAAUGCCCACGCGUAGACUGCUAACCCAAAACCAAAAUCCCAACCCUAAACCAAACCGAGAUCCCCUAACCUCAACCCACAUGGUAGUGCUUUCUUCCAACAUGCUGAAGCGUUGAAUAAUUUAAAAAAUGAGAAACCAAAGCCUUCUACACCCUGAAGCCUCCCAUGCAGUUUAGGAAUAAAACCACUAAACACACUAUGUAGUAAUUUGACCAAAGAGUGUAUUUUGUAGUUGAUAAUCUUAAAAGUAUUUUUCCUCCCUGACCUCCUAAAACAGACUGUUAGUAAGGUGUCACAAAGAAGCCAAUGUUACUGCUCAUGGUCCAUUCAACCUUUUGAGUCAUACUUAAAUUUAUGUUCCCUGCAAAUGGAAACAAUAUGUAACAUAACCCUGAAAAUUAACUAAUGACAUUUGCCUUACAGAUGCCUUUUUGAAUCAAACUAAAUAUUCCAGCUUUGUCUUCACAAUCGGUCUAGUGAAUGUUACUGUAAAUGCUGUUUGUGAAGAUUAAUCAUUGCAGAAACAACCUUGUCUGUUUCCACAGGUUUAGUGCUAGUUUAUACCUUCAAAUGCCAGCAGCUGGCAAACAGACGAAUCCAUUCAGUAGUACGUUUUCUCUGCAAAGGUGAAAACACAAAUGCUGGGUUUAUGUGUGGUCUUGACACUGUGAGGUAGACAGAUGGCCUCUGAUGGGGGGGGGGGGUUUAAGGACAAACUGUGUCACCACUCUAAUAAUAAGCAUUCAGCGUCGCUCCGUCAUCCCUGUGCACUUCAUACGUAUUUGAUUUUAUCACCUCAUCAGAGAUGUUGGGUAGAGGGGAUGAUAUCAAUGAUCAAAUCAAUUUCAGGCGCUUACACAGCAAUGUCAGCUCCUCACCUGAAUACGAAAGCACCCCAUCCCUGCCCGUCGCCAAUGCCCCAAACCCCCCUCCCUAUCCUGCCUCCGCGCUCCUGGUAAGCUAUGCAUUUCAGCACUAGGAGGAAAGCACUACACAGGGCUGGCCCAGGGCAGCGCAGCAUUAGAUAUAUUAGGCUGGCCCCUUGCCAUCGUCCUCCGCAUGGCCAGGGUUAGCAGCUCUACAUCCAUCAGAGCAAGCGCUGGAGGAGAGGCGAGAGAGAGCUGCUUCUUCAUCUCUGAGAGAAAAACCAAAAAAGAUGACAAGAAACAAAAAACGUGUCAAGACCUGCUGAUGUUUUAUAGUGUGAACCAAAGAUGCUACCUCACUCAAGUUCCAUACGUGAUUUCUAUCACUUUGAUGAUACCAAAGAUAACCAAAGAUUUUUUUCUCAUUGCACGGCCUCUGAGUGGUGUUAAAAGAAUUUGUAUGUCUCCCCUCCCCCCAUCUCCUUUCUCUUCCCCUCUUUUCCUGUCUUCUCCCCCGUCUCCCCCUCCCACCUGCACUCAACCCAUGCACCCCUGCUAUGAACGCUCUUGCUUCAUCUGUGCUGAUUACAGCUUCAUAGAUAGUCAUGCUGAUGUAGCUAUAGGCAGAUAUGCAGAUCUAGCCAUAGAUACAUACACACAACCGGCCAUGCGGGUGCCUGCGGGGUACAGCGAACUCGAUGACAAUGUGAUCAGUCUUUGUUUUGCUCGUUGGCAACAGAAAAGCAUUCAUCUCUACCCCUUUGCUGGCGGAGAAGACAGUUAGAAUGUAAAAGCUGGUAUUGUGGCAAACCAACAAAUUCAUAAAAUUAAAGUUUGAGAUUGGUUCAUGAAUCAUUUCAAAAUACUCUGUGAAUUUAAUGGAGUACCCCGCUAGAGUGCCAUUUUUUGGAGCUUUAUUUCCGCUUGGCGUCUCCCUCUGAGUGUGUAUCUAUAGGUUGAUAAUAUUGAUCCAUCAAGUAGGUCAGACAUCUUCACAUGACAAAAGGCAGACAAGCUGACAUAACCAUGGGCAGAAUUGUUGACUCAACUAUAGGCAGACAUGUUCCUGAAAGUAGAAGCAGACAUGUUGCAAUCUUUCUAAAACUCCCAGGAUGAGUGCCUUGCUUGAACCAAAGUGUUAAACCGCUGUUGACCUCUCACCUUUGACUCUGUGAAUACCUCAGCCUGUAGAAGGGCCACUACUGAAGAAACAAGGAAAAGGUUGUUUGUUUUUUUUCUUAAAUCACACCGUGGUGCUUUCGCCAGCGCAACCAUGCAAUGAAAACAUACCAAAGGAAUUUCUGUUGUCCACUUCUACAGAUUAAACCAAAGGUCUUUGUGUCUCCUCUCCCCUGCCCCCUUUCCCCCCUCCAUCCCUCCUUCCCCCAGCCUUCCUUGUCUCUCUGCUGUGUGUAGGAAGGUCCAGCACUCUGGCCGUGCAUGUCUUUACCUAUGUCUCUGAAUACCUCAUAGUAAUAAUUCCUUUGAGUUCUGCAUUGAGACGUCUAUCUGUGAGUAAGGCAGAACUCCAUUCGUGUGGUAAUUGUUAUUGUUACUUCAAAAAGCUGUAUGAUUAUCUAUUUUGAAGGUUGUUUUUUAUUUUGGCAGAAGUGCUCUGUUUCAAGUCACGGAGGACAAGUUUCAGGGUUGAUGUAUGAAACUUAAGGGAUGGAGGGAGAAGCGUAUUUUUUAUCAGACAUUGGGUUAUGCCAAUAUUAUGAUGGUAGACUAUUGCUUUUACAGGGUAAAACCAACUGCUGUGAUAUUGUGUUCAUAUUUUCCCUUUUCUCUACUUCUGUGCUGUGAUUUUAAUUUAAUUGCAUUUUUGUAUUGGUUAACCACUGCUUUAAUUUAUGCAUUUGUAGAAACUCUAGAUUUGUAUAUAGUAGGUUUUUGGAAAAAAAAAAAACAAACAAAAAAGACAGUUUUAUGUUACAGCCUUAUUGCCCACGCUUAGAUAUAACAAAGGAGUAGUUUGUAUUCUUCUUCAGCUAAAUCCUAGCCGGCAUUUCAAUGUGUGUUUUAAACACUGCCAGAAACCCAGACAGUUGAUUUGCCAGCGCAGACAAAGUUAUACAGGAGCUACUUUGUUGAACAGCUGGCAAAAAGCAGUGUGUACGUGUGUGUGUGUUUUUUCUAUUCUUUUGACUUUUUAAGAACAGUUAUUUUAUGGGUAUUACUGCACAUCCAAAGAUUUUUAAAACAAACCAAAAAUUGGAAAAAAAAUAUGUAUAAUGUUGAAAAGCACUGGCAUUUGUGAGGUAGACUUGUUGAGUUUUGAUUUGCCAUUCGCACGGGUAUAGAAUGUAGAAGGCGUAGGGCUAUGUAGACAAGCUUACUCUACCAUGUGGGGAAUCUCCUGUUCAAUGUACAAUCUGAAGCAUCUGAAAUGAGGGCUGCAAGUCCCGCUCACUUUGCUGUCUAAUACACAGAGUGAGGUGGAGUGUAGGCUGGGCAGCCGGUCUGCCAGGGGCUGUGCCACGGAGCUGGGUCUGUUUUUAUUGCUGUGGCACUGCCGCCUCACUCCAGCUAGUAUCUGUUCUUUUGGUACGUACUCGUGUAAUGACUAUGAGCAAAGUCUAAUAAAACUGCAAAGAAUUUUACCAAGGAAUCCGUGUGUGAGUGUGUAUGGGGACGAUCACCUGGAUUGCUCAUCUCUUUUUCUGUCUGUGGAUGCGUGAGUGUGUGGGUACAUGUGUGUGACCGACUCAAAUUUCAAGUACUGCUGCGGCUCGCAGGUAUGCAAGUCUGUGUGUGUGCUCAUUUGCAUGUAUUUCUUUACUGUCUGUUUUUCCAUUGUGAAAUCUAUUUCUACUGCAUAUUACAUUUGGGGUGUAUGCAUGUGUGGGGCUGAUUGGUGCAUGUCACAACAGUAGAACUGACGCCCUCUGGUUGUCAGAGGCCUUACUGUUGGCGCUGUUUCCUCUCUGUCAUGCUCAGACAGCACAGAAUCUCCGAGGACUGAAGGAUAUCACCAAAAUGUCCAUGACAGAUUACAUCAGCAUUGCAGUCAUUGUGUCACGGAUGUGUGUGAAAGUGUUUCAGCCAAGUACAGGUGCUUACAUUAAAGUUAUACAGGCCUGUAUUAAAUGGAAUGGAUGAUGAGGUGUGGACCUAUGUUUUCCCCAUUUUCAUAUUUUCUGUUAUUUAUUUUGUCCAUACGGAGUUCCCAUAUGAUGGGUAGCUUAGCUACAAGUCUCAUAACAAUACUGCGGCGCCUAAGACAAUCAUCUGGAUCUCUUACGCUGGGGAACUAGUUUCUCACCCACAGAGGGGUGUCCUCCAGCUAUUCAUAUACAAAGAUGCUUGAAGGGUUUUGAUAAACAAGCAUAUUUGUUGUCAUAGACAUUUAGUUAUAGAUUACAGUAGUAGUUCAUCUUGCACUUGCAUUUUGAAAGGAAAUUUCAUUGCUCUCGUCGCCUUGUGCUCUUGUCAAAUUUGACCUCUUUCUUUUGACCUCCUUCGCGACUCACGAUGCUUCUUCUGUUUUCAGUGUGUGCGUGCGUGUGUGUUUGUGCGUGUGUGUGUGUGUGUGUGCAAG